AUGUCGCUAUCGCCCACCCUGGCGCCGCCUGGCGCUCUAGCCGAAGUGCGUCUGCUCGGCUUCUUAUGGGCUGCUCGCCAAACCAACCUUUCUUUGUUGACAACUAAUGCAACAAACGCACUCACCAAAUCCUUCGAUGCCACAGGCAUGCAUACCCAGGCUGUAGCUAUCGCACCAGGCUCCAACCCACUUAUUUUUGCGGCUCAACUCUCUCCUCUUCUGGUCAGCACAAUCUUUGUUGUUGCGCCUCGCUUGCUCCGCGCUGCUCGCAACAUCUUUCUCAGUACAAAGCCUGGCGAUAGCAGUGCUGCCUGCCCUCGUUCCGUUUUCAACUACUUUGCACCGUUCGUGACGGAGGAGGAUGUACGACGCCAUCGGCUUGAGUCGCUCAAGCAUUCUGUUCCAACCACAAACAUCCACGUAAAUGGAGCAACGAUCUCGGCUAUCACCGCGACCCACUUGUUUGGCAUGGGGGGAUUCGCAAGGCAGCGCAGACGCCUCAAUCGACUCCUCUUCAUCAGUCUUUUUCAGGCAGCAGCAUCUGCCGCUCUCUUGGGCUGGACAGUGACGUCCUUCGAACAGUCGCGAGUGCUCAGUGGCCUUUCUCCAGUCACCGCCUGGAUCACAAUCUUUUUUCGAUUGCUGCUCCAGCCUCCGCAGACGCCAAGCUUCGACCUGGUCGCCUUGCUGCUCUCGCUCAACGUCAGUGCUUGGAUCGACCUCUUCACUUUUGUGCCCGUGUUCACCGCUCCUUCCACCACCGCCAAGCUGGAUGCCGUGCUGAACGCUCGACUUCUGCUCAGCGCCACGAAUGCGAUCAUCUGCAUCUAUGCUGCAUCGAUUUGUCUGCGUAUGCCAGUCGCACAAGGUGGUUACGAAGCCGUCGUGGAUCUCAGCGAACGUGUUCGACAACACACGGAGUCCGUCCCUAAAGUUCCCUCUCACCAACACUCGGCCGCCGUAGAGUAUCGACUCUGUCCUACCUCGCCCGAAGAUUACUGCAGCCUCUACGAGAAUCUUUCAUAUUCAUGGAUGGCUCCCAUCCAGAAGCUGGCUCUAGAGCGCUCGCUUGUUCCUACUGAUGUUUGGCGUCUUCGAUCCAUCAACGAUACGCGUCUGCUCUAUCACAAAUUCAAAGCUCUCGAGCAGCCUCUGGAGGCAGCCGGCUACAAACCUCGCCUAUUGUCCCGCAUUCUACGUGCCAACGCCAACGAUAUCCUCCUCGACGCUUGCUUCAAGCUCAUCAGCGUGAGCUUUGCCUACCUCGGCACCUACAUUCUGAAAAGCAUCCUUGACGAAAUUCAGAUAGCAGCAACGCACCACGAGAGCAGUCCUAACAAAGGCGACAGCCCCUCUGGUGCGCAGUGGACGCCUCGUCAAAGGGCAUUUGCCUACGCAUGCAUCGGCCUCUGCCUCACCGUGGUGCGUUUCCUAGCCGAGCUCCAAAAUUUCCACCACGCUCGUCAGGUUGGUCUAAGACUGCGGUCUACCCUCGUUGUCUCUCUCUUUGAGAAAGCGCUCAAGAGGCGAGACCUCAGCGGUCAGACAAAGUCGUCAUCGGCGGACCUUCCAGACAUGUCUGAGAAUUCAGUAGAGACGGAACCUGACAGUGCCACACCAAGCUCUGUCGUAUCUCACAGUCCGAGUGGCUCGGAAAACGGGACAUCUGUUGCCGACGCAAACGCUAUCGCCGCGAACGAUUCGUAUCUGCAGCCGCAAAGACGAGGAGACGUGCGCCAGAAGCAAUCCUGGAGUUCGUCACUCCGCGUCAACAAGCUAAAACAGGUUUCCUUCGACUCGCUUCGAUCCAAGAUCUGGCAGCAAUCGCCUCAAAGCAAGAGCAAACGAGCGCAAGGGCUCAAACAGCAUGAGGACGAGCAGGGCGCUGACGUGGGCAAGAUCGUCAACAUGAUGGCAUCGGAUGUUAACAUCCUCUUGCGCAUGGGCUGCGAUCUCCAUCAGCUUUACGGUGCCCCAUUGGAAGUCACCAUCGCCGCCAUUUUUCUUUACAAGCUUAUGGGCUGGAGCGCACUGGUUGGAUUUGGUAUUCUAGUCGCAGCGAUUCCCGUCAACUAUGUGUGGGGUGAAAUUGCCGUCAAGAAGCAGCGCGAAUACAGUUCAGCGCGUGAUGAACGCAUGGGCCUAAUGACCGAGCUCAUCGACGCCAUGCGCUUCGUCAAGAUCCAAGGUGUCGAGCCGCAAUGGGAGGAGCGCGUAGCAUCGGCUCGACGUAAAGAGAUCCACAAACUGAUCUGGUCGCGCGUCAUGACGUUUCUCUUUGAGCUGCUUUGGACCGUGAUUCCUGUCCUCGUCACACUGGUCAGCUUCUUCUUCUACGUCAAGGUGGCGGGAGAGGAGCUUACUGUUUCGACUGCGUUCACUGCCAUCGCUCUCUUCACCAUGAUACGACCACCUCUCAAUGCUAUUCCCGGCUUCUUGAUGGGAGGUCUGAUCGCUAUGGUCAGCAUCCAGCGACUUGAAUCGUUUCUCAACGAGCAAGAGGUCGAGGAAGCUGUCAGUCAGCUCUCCAGGCAGCGCUCAUCACCACCAGACAGAAGUAAGGACCAAUAUGUCGACGGAGCCGAUAACGGGAUCCAGAUGACGAGUGAUAUGUAUGCCAGCGAGCUUGCGAUCAAAGGCUGCAGUUUCUUUUGGCACAAUACACAGACAACUAUGCGCCCUGAGCCAGGUGACGAUAGGACCGACGAAGCUUCUGCGAGCGAUCCGCACUAUUCUAGCUUUAGCCUUCGCGACAUCGACGUCAGCUUCCCCGCCGAAAAACUCACGCUAAUCAUCGGACCGACUGCCUCAGGCAAGAGCAGCUUGCUCGCAGCCAUCCUGGGCGAGAUGCUCGAAUCGAAAGAAGGCACCGUUGUUCGCAACAAGUUUGACAAGCAUGGCAACAGUCUUUUCAGUUAUGCAAAUCAACUGCCAUGGCUCGAAGCCGGCAGAUCUGUGCGGGACAACAUUCUCUUUGGCACUGCCUUUGACGAGGUCAGGUACAAGUUGUGUAUCCAGGCUUGUGCGCUUCAAAACGACCUUGACUCGAUGGACGAUGGUGACUUGACAAACAUCGGCUCACACACUGUAUCCGGUGGGCAAAAGGCGCGUAUCUCGCUCGCUCGUGCUUUGUACGCGCGCUCCAACACUGUCCUUCUCGACGAUGUCCUAUCAGCCGUCGACGCACGCGUGCAGAGCCAUAUCGUGAAGAACGCAAUUUUGGGACCCAUUGCCAGACGUCGUCGGAUCGUCAUGGUCACCCACCAUGUGCACCUUUUGGUCGAUCACGCGGCAUUGGUGAUCAGUAUGCAUAACGGACGAAUUCUGCAUCAAGGGAAACCUGCCGAAUUGCAAGCGAAAGGUCUGGUCCCCUCUUCACGCCACAAUGGAAAAGACAAAUCACGUGGUGCUCGGGCAGAGGCAGGGGCUGUGGAUCGCGAUGCUGACUCGAAGGAAUCUGCUCAUCUGUCCGGUCUCUCUCCUGACAAAGAUGCGGCUGGUGCAGCUUCAAAUGAUGGCCUGACAUUGGCGGUCACACCGAAGCGUUCGAUGGAGCUUGCGUCAGGAGCUCAAACUCCGCGUCUUUUGCACCAGGAGGAAAAGCGCAGAGAAGGGGCCGUCAGCUGGGUUUCUUACCAAACAUACCUGCAAGCGUCUUCGCUUCGCAUUUGGGCAGUUCUGGUCUUAUUUCUGCUGCUGCUGCGUCUGUCCGAGUCGUUCGGCCAGUAUUGGCUCAAGGUCUGGGGCGAGGCUUAUAAAACCUAUGCUCUGCAUUCACUUUCGUCCUUCAUGAUGACGAUGAUGCCCUCUCGCCUUCCAUUUGACUUGCCCCCAGCUGAAGGACACGCUGGCUUCUACUUGGCCGUCUAUGGCUUGAGUGGCUUUGCGGUCAUUCUGUUCAACAGCUCUAGGGCUGUCUGCUUCUACGUUGCUUCGGUUCGAGCAUCGCAGAAUUUGUUUGCGACCCUCUUGGCCAACGUUAUGCGUGCCCCGCUUCGAUGGUUCGACGUCACUCCUGCGGGUCGAAUCAUGAACCGCUUCGGAACGGACAUGGACUGCAUCGACAACGUCUUGCCGCAGUCGAUCAUGAACCUUGGCAACAACGCCUUUUCGAUGGCCGCCUACUUUUUGAUCUGUGUCGUGAUUGUUCCCGCGUUCUUGGUGCCUAGUUGCUUGCUGGUCUUACUGGGUCCUUGGCUGGUAGGCGGGUUUCUCGCAUGCACGCGGGAUAUGCAGAGGAUCGAAGCAACCUCGACCUCGCCUAUCUACGGACACUUUCAGCAGGCGUUGUCCGGCAUCGUCACGAUUCGAGCAUUUGGUGCGGAACCGCGCUUGCUCGAAUCCAUGCUGGAUGCAGUCGAUCUGUAUCAAUCGCUGUGGUGGGCUGUUUGCACCAUGGAAGUGUGGCUCAGCUUUCGGUCGCAGAUCUUGGGUGGCGUUUCAGUCUUUGUAGUCACUCUGCUGGCUCUGUCGGGCGCCGUGUCACCAGGUUCGGCGGGUCUGGCCCUGUCGUCGGCGCAACUCCUGUGUCAAUUGGCGUACUACCUUGUCAACGACUUCAAGAAUCUGGCCAACAGCUUCAACUCGCUCGAACGAGUUGCAGAAUAUCAACAGAUGCCGCGCGAAGAAAACGACCAAAUCGUAGCUGGAUAUUCGACCCGGCUCGUUCCGGCCGCAUGGCCGUCGGCUCGUGGGCGCAUUGUCUUUGAUAAUGUGAGAUUGCGGUACGCUGACGAUUUGCCUGACGUGCUCAAAGGGGUAAGCUUCGAUGUCAAGCCUGGAGAAAAGGUGGGCAUCAUCGGACGAACAGGAAGCGGCAAGAGCAGCCUGGCGUCGAGCCUGUUCCGGGCGGUCGAGCUGAGUGGCGGUCGAAUCUUGGUGGAUGAUAUCGAUAUCAAGACGAUUCCCCUUCAGCAACUGCGUAGUCGACUGAGCAUAGUCAUGCAGGAUCCGGUGCUGUUCUCUGGCACGGUCCGAGACAAUCUGGACCCUUUCAACGAACAUGGGGAUGCAGAAGUGGUCGAUGCACUUGUCAAGGUUGGGCUCGCUUCGCCGACGGGCAGUCGCGACGACAGCGACGAUGAUCAAGAUCAACUGGUUGAUCUAUCGGGGACCGACGCUGGAGCGCAUGCGAAGCUGCCUCUAGGCUCGAGUAUGCGACUGAGGCUCGAUACACGCGUCUCUUCAGGCGGUGCUAACUUUUCUGCUGGCCAAGCGCAGCUUCUCUCACUCGCGCGAUCUCUGCUGCGCUCGACGCGAAUCCUCAUCUUGGACGAAGCUACCUCAUCGACCGACAUGCACACGGAUGCCAUGGUGCAACGAGUCAUGCACACAGCGCUCAAAGACUCGAUCGUCAUCUGCAUAGCGCAUCGUCUCAAAAGCGUGAUCGACUAUGACAGGAUUCUGGUCAUGCAGAACGGCCAAUUAGUCGAAUGCGGAAGCCCGAAAGAAUUGCUCUCCAAGUCGGACACGGACGAAAGCGCAUUUUUCAAGAAGCUUUGCAAACACUCGGCGGAGUAUAAGGAGCUUUGCGCUUCUGCUGGUGUUGAGCGCAUCUGA